GUGAAGCCACUGUCUCCCGGCGCAUCCCUCUCUGGUGUCGCGGAGUGGCCACGUCAGCACAGAGGACAUUGAGGGGUGGGAACACCACCAUGGCCAACCUGACAGCCGUGAGCACCGGGAGGAACUCGUGCACCUACCACGAGGAGUUCAAGCAGGUCCUUCUGCCCCUGGUGUACUCAGUGGUGUUCGUGGUGGGGCUGCCCCUGAAUGCCGUGGUCAUCGGGCAGAUCUGGCUGGCGAGGAAGGCGCUGAGCCGUACCACCAUCUACAUGCUCAACCUGGCCAUGGCUGACCUGCUCUACGUCUGCUCCCUGCCUCUCCUCAUCUACAACUACACCCAGAAGGAUUACUGGCCCUUCGGGGACUUCACCUGCAAAUUCGUGCGCUUCCAGUUCUACACCAACCUGCACAGCAGCAUCUUCUUCCUCACCUGCAUCAGCAUCCAGCGCUACCUGGGCAUCUGCCACCCCUUGGCCUCGUGGCACAAGAAGAAAGGCAAGAAGCUGACGUGGCUGGUGUGUGCUGCCGUGUGGUUCAUUGUCAUUGCCCAGUGCCUGCCCACCUUCGUCUUCGCCUCCACGGGCACGCAGAGGAACCGCACGGUGUGCUACGACCUGAGCCCGCCCGACCGCUCGGCCGCCUACUUCCCCUACGGCAUCACCCUCACCUUCACCGGCUUCCUGCUGCCCUUCGUGGCCAUCCUGGCCUGCUACUGCAGCAUGGCCCGCAUCCUGUGCCAGAAGGACGAGCUGAUCGGCCUGGCCGUGCACAAGAGGAAGGACAAAGCCGUGAGGAUGGUCAUCAUCGUGGUCAUCGUCUUCUCCAUCAGCUUCUUCCCCUUCCACCUCACCAAGACCAUCUACCUGAUCGUCCGCUCCUCGCCCACCCUGCCCUGCCCGGAGCUGCAGGCUUUUGCCAUCGCCUACAAGUGCACGCGGCCCUUCGCCAGCAUGAACAGCGUCCUCGACCCCAUCCUCUUCUACUUCACCCAGCGCAAGUUCCGGGAGAGCACCCGCUACCUCCUGGACAAGAUGAGCUCCAAGUGGCGUCACGACCACUGCAUCACCUACGGCUCCUAGGAGGGCACGAGGCCACCUUGGUGGUGCUGAGGCACGGGGCAGUUUCGGCUCUAAGCUCCACAGAGCAGAGAUGGCUUCAUUCAUCAUUCACUGGGGACAUGCUGGAGGAGAGCAGGAUGGCAUCUCCCAAGCUUUCAGCAUUUUCAGCCUAUGUCCAGCCUGCAGUGGUGCACUAUCGGCCCCACCACAGAUCC